AUGACGGCAUCGCAAGCAUCGACCUCCGAGGUCGGGGCGAGACCACCGACGACCGGCGCGAGCGAAACUCAACCUACAGUCGGUAGACCUGCGUUCAGCUUCGGGCCGUCCAGCUCGUACGCCCAGGGAACUUCAGCGUUCGGAUCGUAUCCAGCCCCAGGACACCAAGUGCCGACAGGGGCGAGUGGCCCUGCUGUUGUCUCUUCGGCCGCCCCACCCUGGCAACGUGCAUCGGUGGCGCCGCCCGGGGUCGGCCAGUACCCGUGGUCAUCAAGCAACCAAGCCUCGUUCCCAGCGGUCACUAACCACGGUGACACCACUACGUGGAACAGCAGUUUCGCGAGCAUCGACGCUCAGCCAACAUCCCAAGGUGAGACGUUCUCGUGGGGCCCUGGGGGUCCGGCCACCAGCGGUUUCAGUGGAGCGUUCCCAGGACCAAACCAGGUUCCGGGGUACGGCAUGAUGAGCUUCAGGCCCUUCAUCGCCUACGACGCAGUCGAUCCCUUCGAUCCCUCCCUCCCGCUGGACAAACGUCGUCUCCGAUUGAGCCACAACGAAGGAACCAAGGUCUGGGUCCAGCAGCUCCCAGCAACGCUUCGACACAGUUGGACCGCGCUCUCGGACAAAACCUUUUUGUGGAGGCUGAACGCAGCCGCUGUCAAAGCAAACGUGGACUAUCAGUCUCCUUCGGGAUGUCGGCGUCACUUGAAUCAGUUCCUGAAGCAUUUACGGGACCGUGAACUCCAGGUAAGCCUCCAGGGGCGUUUGUACUCGACGGUCGACGGGUUGGAGGAGACUCUGCGUCAAGUGGAAGAGAUGGAGCGUGGACUGCGCCGCCGACCCGCGAAUGAUGUGCAGUUUGGCCGGCAUAAGCCGUCAGCGGUCAGCUCCGGGGUGGCCGCCCGCGGGACUUCUGGGGCCAAAGCUCCUGCUGCAUACCUGUCAGUUGCGCCCCAGACCGAUGACACGGCUCCGACCCGGCCGCUCCAGUGGGAUGACGACGUCGACAGCGACUACGGCUAUCAGUACGAUGACGAGGAUGACGAUGACGAGGUGCACUCGCUGAAGCAAGAAGACGUCUACCGGGCGGAAAGCCCUUGGGGAACCAAUCCUCGGGGCGACCGUCCCCGGGACCGUUCCCGGGGCCCUGACCCUAGGUCCCGAGGUACUUCGGGAGCGUCGUCGCUCCAGUCGCCAUGCGCCGAAUGUGGACGUCCGGGACAUGUCCGCGACGACUGUUGGAGGCUGAUGAAGUGUGAUCGAUGCGCAGGGAAGCACCCGACCAACCUAUGCCGCCGCCGUAAGUGCGAGGCGUGUGGUCAACUGCACCCUGCGGGCCAGUGGGAGGUUCUAGCGACCCUCAAGCGCUUGGCCCAAGGGGGGAAGUUGCAGGGUGUGCCCGAUGACGUGCUGCAGAGUCUACGCCAGGACGUUGCACCGGCGUUAAACAACUAG